AUGGCGAUUGCACAGAAGCAGAAGAAGAAGACAAUGGCACGAUCAUCCUCACAGGCGUCUACCGCCGCCAGACGUAUCGGGCUUUCAGCAGCAAUACUCACUCUUGCUGCUGCGACUUCAUCAAUAUCACAGCUCACGAUGGCGCCUGUGUUCGGCUCGAUGCCUUCCUCAGCCAACCACAUCCCCAUGACUUCAGUGUCAGUACUUCUCGGCAUAUUAUUGCAGGCAACUUUGAAAAGCCGUCUGCCGCCACACCUUGCGAACAUUCUCUCCGUCUGGGCUUUCUGGAUCCCGGUCAUGCAGACCUUAGUUCUCCAUUACAGUGCGGACCUGGAUAUAACUGCAGGUCCUUCGUUGAAUGGGUUCAUCAGCUGCUAUAGCGUUCAGAUACUUGCUGCAUACGCCGUAGCUGAAGUUCUUGGUGGCAGACCCAAUGGUUCGUCAGUUUCAUCCAUCGUGAGAUAUUCGAUAGCAUCCGUGCUUAUCCUGAUUGCUUUUACGAUACUACAAACGAAUCUGUCGAGUCCUGUAGCUGGCGUACUCUCAAGGAUGCCCAUGUUGACGCCAGUACAUCUCCAGAUAGGGGUAGCAGCAAGCUAUGCCAUUCUGCUACCUUCUAGAUAUUGGCUCGCACUCCCUGCACUUGCGCACACAGCCUACUGGAACCCACACUUCAGAUCCUCCUUGGGGGAAGAUCUGCUCAGGUCGCACAAUUGGACACUCGUCGAUCGAAAAUGGUCCAACACGGGUUACAUUUCAGUCCUGGAUAACUCUGAUCUGCAGUAUCGCCUGCUGAGGGCCGAUCACUCUCUUCUUGGGGGAGAGUGGCUUCUUACGACCAAUCGCAAGGAGAAGGAGGGUUGGCUUGUGCCAGAGUCGGUCUAUGCCGUCUUCUCAAUCCUGGAGUCUGUACGCCUAUUGCGGCUGACCCCAGAAGUCCCAGAGACGCAAGCGCAGGCGCUUGUGAUUGGCCUUGGAAUUGGAACUGCGCCCAAGGCUCUAAUCUCGCACGGCAUAAACACCACCAUCGUUGAGCUUGAUCCCGUGGUACACUCUUUCGCGACGCAGUAUUUCGGCUUACCAACAAACCACACAGCAGUCCUUCAAGAUGCUGUCUCGUGGGUCAGCAGUGCUUCUUCUACUGGAGGGAUUCAUUACGACUAUAUAAUCCAUGACGUGUUUACCGGAGGAGCAGAACCACUAUCCCUCUUCACAGCAUCAUUCUUGAAGAAUCUACGGAGCUUGCUCACACCCAACGGAGCAGUAGCGCUCAAUUACGCAGGCGACCUAUCCCUACCCCUGACAAAGCUUGUGAUCAACACGAUCAAUAUUGUCUUCAAAGGCCAGUGCAAGAUCUUCAGAGAUUCGCCUCUCGAGGCAAAAAAUCAGCUCAACUCCGAUCAGGAGGAGGAUUUCCUGAACAUGGUCAUAUUCUGUCGCAACACGCCAGGUCCCAUCUCGUUUCGAAGACCUGUCAAAGCCGACUUUCUCGGCAGCAAAAGCCGAGAGCACUACAUGCUGCCAAAAGCAGAACUCGAGAUCCAAUUCCCACGCCAAGACUCCCGCGUGUUAGACGACGGUGACGAGGAGGGAUGGUCGGGUCAGCAGGCGGAGAGCGCAAAGAGACACUGGCGCAUCAUGCGGAAAGUGCUACCAGAUGUCGUGUGGGAGCUGUGGUAG